UCCGCGCCACCACCACAUUCCACUGCAUCCAUGGCCUCCCCCUCCCGCCCGGCGCUCCCUCCCCACCUCCGCCUCCUCUCCCCGCGCCAGCUCCCUCCCCUCCGCUCGCCUAGACGUCGCGGCGCGGGCAGCCGCGUCCUCUCCUCGCUCCCCUCCCCGUCCCCGUCCCCGCCCUCGCAGCAGCGCGUCUCCACCGCCUCGCUCGAGCACGGCCCCGGCCCCGGCCCCUCCGCCGAGCAGCAGCCGCGGCCGCACGACCAGGCGCUCGCCGCGGAGGUCGCGCGGCUCUCCGCAGCCCGCGCGCGCCUCCGCGCGGCGCGCUCCCUCGGCGACAAGCUCCGCGCGCUCGACGCCGAGCCCCGCGUCGCGGCCUUCUUCGGCGACGCGUCCAGCCGCGGGGUCCUGGGCGGCCUCCGGCCCCGGGAGGCGUACCUGCUCAAAUGCCUCGUCGCGGCCGGCCAGGACCACGUGCUCGGCGCGGAGCUCGGCUGGGCCGGCGGCGGCCACGAGCGCCACCGCAAUGGGGGCGGGGGCGGGAGCGCGCUGAGGGAGGCGCUGUACAGCCUGGCCGAUCUGGUCGGGAGGUGGAGCGAGGAGGGGGCGGCGAAGGACGAGGCCGGGAGCGGGGAGACGGAGCUGCUGCUCGGACGGCUGCUCAAGUUUCUCGGAGACAUCGAGGAGUUCUACGACUGCGUUGGAGGCAUCAUCGGCUACCAAAUUAUGGCGUUGGAGCUGCUUUCGGUCUCCAAGUCCAAGGACAGCAAGCACCGGCAUAGCAAAGACAAGUUUGUCGACUUCCAUGUUCCCACUGGACUUAAUCUAUUGGAGGAUACAGAAUAUGCAUCUCAAGCUGCCAUGUGGGGAAUCGAGGGUUUGCCAGAACUUGGUGAAAUUUAUCCAAUUGGUGGUGCCGGUGACCGUCUUGGUUUAAUGGACUCAGAUACCGGUGAAUCCCUUCCUGCCGCAUUGCUUCCUUACUGUGGAAGAUCUCUACUGGAAGGACUGAUGCGAGAUCUGCAGGCUAGAGAGUUUCUCCAUUUCAAGAUCUUUGGGAAACAAUGUAUAACCCCUGUGGCGGUCAUGACAAGCUCUGUGAAGAAUAACCAUGAACAUAUAGUUGCCAUCUGUGAAAGACUUGAAUGGUUUGGUAGAGGCCGUGAGAACUUCCGCUUGUUUGAACAGCCCUUGGUGCCUGUAGUAAAUGCUGAAGAUGGCAAAUGGUUAAUCAGCGAGUCACUUCUCCCUGUGGGUAAACCCGGUGGUCAUGGCGCUAUUUGGAAGCUUGCUUGCGAUCGAGGUGUAUUUGAAUGGCUUUAUUGUCAUGGCAGAAAAGGUGCAACUGUUCGUCAAGUCAGCAAUGUUGUUGCUGCAACUGAUUUGACGCUGAUGGCAUUGGCUGGAAUAGGCCUGCGUCACAAUAAGAAAUUAGGUUUUGCAUCUUGUGAGCGAAGACCAGGUGCUACGGAAGGGGUGAAUGUUCUUAUUGAAAAACAAAACCUUGAUGGGCUCUGGGAAUAUGGUAUCACUUGCAUCGAGUACACUGAAUUUGAAAAAUACGGCAUAUCAGAACCUACAGCAACGAAUGGCAGUUUGCAGGCUAGCUAUCCAGCAAAUACAAACAUUCUAUAUGUUGACCUGCAAGCAGCGCAGGAAGUUGGAUCACGGAAAAAUGCUAGCUGCUUACCAGGAAUCGUGCUAAAUUUGAAGAAGGCAGUAUCAUAUGUGGAUCAUCUGGGCUUUGAGUGUAGCGCUGCGGGUGGCAGGCUAGAGUGCACAAUGCAAAACAUAGCAGAUAAUUUUAUGAACACAUAUAGCUACAGGUGCAGUGAAGGAAUAGAAAUAACCUCGUAUUUAACAGGCGAGCUCGACACGUUCAUUGUGUACAAUGAAAGGAAAAAAGUCACUUCAUCAGCUAAAAGGAAGCUGAAACCAGAAGACAGAUCAUUGCACCAGACUCCAGAGGGUUCACUCCUCGACAUUAUGCGCAAUGCUCAUGAUCUUCUUUCUAGCUGCAGCAUAGAGGUUCCAAAGGUCAAAGACAAUAAUGAGUACUUGCAUUCUGGGCUACCAUUUCUCAUAUUUCUUCAUCCUGCUUUAGGUCCAUUUUGGGAUAUCAUAAAGCAAAAGUUCAUAGGUGGCUCCAUCUCUAAAGGUUCAGAGUUGCAAAUAGAGGUGGCAGAAUUUCUAUGGGAAGAUGUUGAGCUGGAUGGGAGCCUUAUUAUUCUAGCUGAUAACAUUAUGGGCUCAACAAAGAGGAACACUCAUGGUGAGCAAAUACUACACUAUGGAGCCAGGUGUGGGAGAUGCAAGCUGCAGAAUGUUAAAAUUGUGAACGAAGGGAUCAGCUGGGAUUCUCCCAGUAAUGUCUAUUGGCAGCAUCAUGUUAAAAGAUCAGAAUCUUUAAAGAUUAUUCUUCAUGGAAAUGCAGAAUUCGAGGCGAAAGAUGUUCUCUUGAAGGGUAACCAUAUGUUUGAAGUACCCGAUGGUCAUAGAAUGUGCAUCCUUCAGAACGAAGCAGGGUUUGUUGUCAAGUUAGACCCUAUAAAGAAGGAGAUGAUGGACAGCGGAACGUGGUACUGGGAGUACACGGUAGAUGGCGCCCAUGUGAAGUUGAAUAUGGUAGAUCCGUGAGGAGAUAGUACCAAGUGUAGAUUCUUGACUCAUUGAUUCCGGCUAGGUAAAUUAUGCCAAGAGCACGUUUGACGAAUAGUUUGGGUAGAUGAAAUCCAGCUUCUAGUUGCUGUUGUAUAAGGUAAAAGAAGGGCCGUAUAGACUGUUGUACAGUGGACUCUGGACUGCAUAUCAAAGCCUGCUCUUCAGCCCAUUGUUCUCACAUUUUAGGAUUGAUGAUGUACAUACAAAUAUACUCAGUAUUUCUGAAUGUCAAGGAGAAUACUCGUUCUCCCCAAGUCAAAUGACCCUGUUUAUAUC